UCCAACCAGCCGCAUCAAGUGUGGAGACGCGUGCGCCUGUUUUCUUCCUUCCCCUCACGCGACAAUGAGAUCUUCGUAGACCACGCGACUUUGUGUUGAGACACUUGCUCAUUGUCCUGGAUUGCGAUAUUCAAUCUUCCUCCCCCCUCAGGCUCUGAGUAUAUAAUGACUUGAAAUUGAUCGCAUUGAAAGUUCAAGGAGUAGACCGAUAGACAGCAGAUUGCCCGCAACCUUCUGUUUGAGCAGGAGAGAAAGCAUCCUCGUCUAGAACCAAAACAUCCCGAUUUCGUGCUUUUUUUUUCAUCUCAGCCAUGGUCGCUAAGACGGUUGCCAUCGCUAGCACGGCGAUAUUUGCUCUGGUCAGCGCUUCGCCCGUGGAGAAGCGUCUGGAGAAUGGUUUGGGUCGCACACCAGCUCUGGGCUGGAACAGCUGGAACGUUGCGCAAUGCGACGCAGCGACCGAGGCCUUCGCCCUGGACACGGCCAACCGCUUCAUCAGCAUGGGCCUCAAGGACCUGGGCUACACGUACGUCAACAUCGACGACUGCUGGAGCACCAUGGAGCGCAACUCGUCCGGUUACCUCGUCGCGGAUCCGAAAAAGUGGCCGCGCGGCAUCAAGCCCGUCGUCGACGAGAUCCACGCCAAGGGGCUCAAGUUCGGCCUUUACGGGUCCGCCGGCACCAAGACGUGCGCCGGCUAUCCCGCGUCGCAGGGCUACCAGCGCAAGGACGCCGAGCUGUUGGCGGAGUGGGGGGUCGACUACUGGAAGCACGACAACUGCUACACCCCUUGCCGCCAGGGUCUGCCCAUGACCUGCCCCGAGGACCAGGUGAUUGGAAACACGAGGACUUGGUACGGCACCAUGCGCGACGCCAUCCUGGCCACCGAAAAGCCCAUCUUCUUCAGCUUGUGCAACUGGGGUCGCGAUCGGGUCUGGGAGUGGGGUAAGGAUUAUGGCAACUCGUGGAGGAUGAGCAUCGACAUCUGGAACGACUGGGCCUCCGUCAUCAGGAUCGGAUCGGCUGCGGCCGGACUAGCGCAGUACGCUGCGCCGGGGGGUUUUAAUGAUUUGGACAUGAUGCAAAUCAGCAACGGCGCCCUCAAUCCGGCCCAGGAGCGCACCCACAUGGGCAUCUGGGCCAUCGUCAAGUCCCCCAUCAUCCUGGGCACAGACCUGUCCAAGAUCUCUGACUCGUCGCUGGCCAUCAUCAAGAACAAGGACCUCAUCGCCAUCAACCAGGACAAGCUCGGUAAAGCUGCGACCUACUUCCAGCCGCCUGGAGAGCCCGCCCCCGUCGACGGUGAGCUGUAUCCUUACUGGGCCGGACAGCUCAGCGACGGCGUGGUCAUAGGUCUCACCAACGCCAUGGGCACGGGCCCUCAGACGCUCGCCGUCGACUUUGAGGACGUCCCAGGCCUCGGCGCUGGCACGUGGUCGUGGACCGAGGUGUACAGCGGCAAGACGGGAACGGGUACGGGUGUGAGCUUUGACCUGGAGAGGUACGAUAUGGCUGUCAUCAAGGUGACGGAGCCUCAGACCGGAAGGAUGGUCAACCAGGCUAACGGUGCCCUGUGGUCGUCCCGAUAUGCGUGAGUCUGCACCAACGGUAUUGCAGGUCGGAGAUCUGCAGCGUAACUGGAGAGUUGUGGCAUGCAGGAAACAAUGUUGCAGCUGGCUUUGGUGGUUCUGUAACUUCGAUAACGAAAAUGCGCAAGCUGAUACUCUAUCGUUUGCCCUGCCAAUUCAAAAUAAUGGAGUUGUUCUGUGGAGGAAAUUGUAUGGUUCCAUAACAGUCCUUGGCUGGCACCAAGGUCAGCCGAUCAUCGAAAUAGUAGUCAUAUUGUCGUCAUGAGGUGAACCAAAGUCCC